AUGAAAUUCAUUGUACUCUUCUUCCUCCUAGCAUCAUCAUCAUCAUAUUCAUAUGCUCAAUCCCCUGUAGCACUAGUAGUGGCUCAUGUCCCUUCCACCAGAGCAAUGCUCCCCAUGUUACUCGUGAUCUUCCUCUUCGCCCUCCUCUUCACCGCAUUUUGCUCCAUCUUCAUUCGCUACUGCUCCCACGAAGAACAACCCCAGGCGCUUCCACAAGCCACGCGCGUGCUCGCCACGUGUCCCGUCACGUCCUACUCCGCAGUCAAAAUGAGGACACCGCAAAACCCUGUGUUUCAGUGUGCGAUGUGUUUGGCGGAGUUCAACGACGCCGACGACGCGCUCCACUUGCUACCCAAGUGCGGUCACGUGUUCCACGCGCACUGCAUCGACGCGUAG